CACUGCUUAUACACAGUAUGGGUGGGCGAUACUGCAAACUUUGGAGUCGAUCCGAUACCAAGUAAAUACUGGACCAGUACUGCUGAUAUCAAUACCAAUACUUUUUGACAAUAAUUUAAUUAUUUAUAUAAAUACAUUUUCAUGACUUUAAGGUGUUUUGUUUUAAAUGGUAUUCAUUUAAUAAAGCCCAGACAAAGUUCAACAGUAAAUUCAAAUAUAUAACAUAAAUUGGUGGUGUUGCACUGUAUUUAACAGCCUUUUUGCAAAUUGUACAGGCUGCCAUUGUGUUCUUCUUCGUCUGUGUCCUCCGCCUGCUUGUUUGUUUGCUGACCCGCGUCGCUGAGUCACGUGAGACCUCAAAGCAAGAGGGAGGAGUGUCAGUGUGUGUCUGACAAGAUAGUUAGGUCACAGCUGAAGAAAAUGGCAGCAGUGCGAAGGAGUAAAAAUUCAACCAAAGUAUGGAUAUUUUUGUUGGGGUAUCGGUCGACAUCAAUACUAGCGUUGAUAUCAAUAUUAUCAAUAUUAGAAUCGACACCCCCCACCCCUAGAAGUCAAGCUGUGUUGUCCACGCCCUGGAUGUUCCAACACUCAGCAACUCAAGGUUGUUUUCUUGUGCUUGACCUCAAACACAUCAGAGUCGUGAUACAUCAUCAUAGGCUCAUGGACCUUUGGUGUAUUCCAAACAGCUACAUGCUGCUGGGGCCUAGUUUGCACUGAUAUCUAACUUCAGCAUCAGUGGGAGCAGAUUCCAACUUCACAGACAAGCACAGAUGAACCAGGGGACAGACACCAGGCUGAACCCCGAGCCUUUGUUUGGUCCAGAGGACUCCACUGUAAAUACACACACAAAAACAGGUGGGGUGUUAUACCAGUACUAGUAGAAACAGCAGUAUCAGAGGUAUCUGUAGUCCAAACACCUGUACCACUGCCACCGGUAGUAGCUGUAGCAGCUCUGCUUAGAACAUUCAUUGUCAGGAUGCAAAUGUGAGAGUUAAUGGUCGAAGUUUAUCUUAAUCAUGAAAAUCCAGCGGCAGCGUGUUAAGAUAGAAGCUAACGGCUGCUUUCACACAUGGAUGCACAGUGGAGACGCUGGUGAACCGGAUGUAUGCUGCUCGAGAAGAGGCACUGAGCUGCUUCACUGACCUCCAUUGGUCCAGACUCUUGGAUGAGAUUAAUUUCACUUUGAAUAUUCGGAAUUCUCCUCUUCAGACUGAAGACUGACUAAACCACGUGAGAACAGAUAAUCUGAGCAAAUUUGAAUUUACUGCAGUGACAGCAGCAGGAAUGAAUCCACCUUUAAGGCUGAAUGUAUCCUGUGGAACCGCAGUCACACGUCAGACACCACAGGGCAAAGGAUGAAGUCCUGUUCACUCUCCAUUGUCCUUCUGGUCUCCACCUUGUCCUCCAUCAGUGCCACUGAUCAAACCGGCCUCAAGAUUCGAAUCACUGACCGAGCACUGGACGUCUUGAAAGACUUUGGUCUGAAAGCUUUGAAGCAGCUGGUUAACAAACAAUUUCCAGACUUUUCUUUGCUAUGUGGAUGCAACAUGUGCAGAAUCAAAGGGUUUACCUUAACUAACCUGACUGUGGAUCCAGAGCAGGUUGUUCUUGGAUUUCAGGAGAAGUCUGGCCUCCAGCUGGAAAUCAGAGAUCUGUACUUCACAGGGAAACUGGAACAGGAGCUGCCUGUCUAUUGGUUUCAAGAGUUUAUGCACACAGGGACUGUUGCUUUCGAAGGGAAAGAUGUGAGCGCCACCAUCGGCCUGAAGCUGAGGAGAACCCAGCGAGGACGCCUGCGUGUGGAAAUCCCCACCUGUGAGGUCCGAGCGGAAUUUGGCGCCACAGCCUCUGGACGUGUUGUUGGGCCUGUGUGGGAUUUGCUGAGGUUCCUCAUCCAUGACUUCAUUAACACCAAGCUCUGUUCCACCGUCCAGAUGACGCUGGUCAACAUCGUUAACUUCAUGCUGGACGACGUCUCCAUGCAGCUGCACAAGGUCCUGAACAUGAGCUUCCUGAGCCGCAUCGUCCCUGACGUCAGCGUGGACCUGUCUCUGAGUGCCGACGUGUCCGUCAGCUCCUGCAGCUUGGACCUGCCGCUCAGAGGUUUGGUCUGGCAGGGCGUCGCCGUGGACGUCGGCGCUGUGCCCGUGGGCCCGGACCCGGUGUUCAGUGAAGCCAAAAAGAUGGCCUACGUUGGCAUCUCGGAGCUGUUCUUCAACAGCGCCGCCUCGCUGGCCCACAGACUUGGCCCGUUCCAGCUCAGCAUCCCAGAGGGUCCAGUGGAGGUGAACCUGACUCAGGCUCCCGUCGUCAGUAUCAGUCAGAGCGGACUCUGCGUCGACCUAAAGGCCACAGCUUGGUCUUUGAGAGACGCACCGGGAGCACCUGUAGCAGCGGACUGUCGGCUGCAGCUGAAGGUGGAGCUGAAGGGAAACCGCCUGACGCUGGUCAUCCAAAGCAGCAAGUGUAACAUCCAACCUGAAACACUGAAGGGACGAGUCAUGAAGCCGAUUGUUAACUACUUCAUUAAGUGCAAAACCAAAGGCUUCUUAAAGAGCUGGUUUGAUGAAGGACUACCCAUCCCUCUACCCGAGGGACUUCAUUUCACUCGGGGAAAGAUUGUUUAUCACACAGGUUUCCUGGUGGUUGGAGGAAACCUGGACUUUACACCCAACUGAAUGACGGAAACACAAUUAACAGGAAAUGUAACAAAUCAGGUUAAAGACAAACUGCUUUUUUGUUUUUUAUAUUGGAUCCGAGAGCAUUUUACAUUUCAGUCGUUUCAGAUGUAAUGCUGUAUGACCAGUACCAGUACAAGUACCAGUCCUGGGUUCCUGGUCGUCAUUAUAAAAUGCUCCAACCUGGCAGAGUCUGUUGUUUUGUGUCUGGAUUCAUGAAUUUUACCACUACUACUACUAUCAACUACUAACUACAACAACUACUAUCACUACCAGUACCACUACUACUAACUAUGAUUACUAGUAUUACUACUAGUACUAGUACUACUACUACCUACAACUACUACUGUACUACUGGUACUACUACUACUAACUACAACCACUAGUACUACUACUAACUAAAAUUACUACUUGCUAGACUAGUACUAGUACUACCACUACUACUUAUAACUACUACUACUACUACUAGUACUACUUAUAACUACUAGCAUUCACUCCUACUACAACUACUACCAACCACUGCAUGUACUGCUACUGCAUGAUACUUUUCCAGUCUUUUCACAGCCGCCACCCA